AUGUUUGCCCCGUCCAAACAGUUGCUACCAAAACCGGUUUCACGUCUCCUAUCCAUCAACAAGCACCUUACAAUGGCUCCUGUACAAGAUAAAAUUGCCAAACAUUAUGACUACUUGGUCAUUGGUGGAGGUUCCGGAGGUGUAGCUUCUGCCCGCCGCGCGGCUUCUUAUGGUGCAAAAGUGCUUCUUAUUGAAGGCAAGUACAAGCAAUUGGGUGGUACAUGUGUCAAUGUUGGAUGUGUGCCCAAGAAAGUGAUGUGGUAUGCAUCUGACCUCGCCUCUAAGAGGGGCCACUUGAAGGCUUAUGGCUUUGCAGGCGGUGAUGGCCACGUUAAGUAUGGCGACUUUGACUGGAGCCUAAUCAAGAGUAAGAGAGACGCAUACGUUAAGCGUUUAAACGGGAUCUAUGAGCGCAAUUUAGAAAAAGAAAACGUCGAGUAUGUUUAUGGAUUUGCCUCUUUUGCGAACUCUAAUGGUGAUGUCGAAGUUACCUUGAGUGCGGACCAAGAGGUGCCUUUCUUAUCCAAGUCUUUCAAGAAGGAUGAGAAGUUACUUUUCUCGGCUGAUAAGGUGCUUAUUGCGACUGGAGGACAGCCAAUCAUCCCUCCUUCAGUCGAGGGUUCGGAAUUGGGAAUCAACUCUGAUGGCUUUUUCGAAUUGGAGAAGCAACCAAAGUCUGUGGCCAUUGUAGGCGUGGGAUACAUUGGUGUUGAGUUCGCUGGUGUUUUUCUGAGUUUAGGUACCGAAACUCACUUAGUGGCCCGUGGAGAUACCGUUUUGAGAGCUUUUGAUGACAUCAUUCAGACUACUGUCACAGACACGUAUGUGAACAAACUCGGAGUCAAUGUGAUUAAGAACUCCGGUAGUGUGACAAAGGUGGAAAAGGCAGGCGACAAAAAGAAAGUCUACUUGGGAAAUGGCGAUGUGUUAGAGGUGGACGUUUUGAUCUGGACUGUUGGUAGAAAAGCCUUGACAAAUAUGGGUUUGGAGAAAGUCGAUGUUAAAACCCAGGAGAAUGGCUCGAUCAUUGCUGACGACUAUCAGCAGACAUCGAACCCAAAAAUCUAUUCUUUGGGUGAUGUCGUUGGUAAGAUUGAAUUGACCCCAGUUGCUAUCGCUGCGGGUCGUAGAUUGUCUAACAGAUUAUUUUCAGGACAAGAAGUUUACGCCAAUGACAAGUUGGAUUAUUCGAACGUUCCAUCUGUUGUUUUCUCGCACCCAGAAGCUGGAUCUAUUGGAUUGUCUACUAAACAAGCUGUGGAGAAGUAUGGAAAGGACAACCUCAAGAUCUACAACUCUAAGUUCAAUGCUAUGUACUACGCUAUGAUGGACUCGGAUGAUGACAAGGUUCCAUGUGUUUACAGGUUGAUCUGCGCAGGGCCUGAAGAGAAGGUCGUUGGUCUUCAUAUCGUGGGUGACUCGAGCAGUGAGAUCUUGCAAGGUUUUGGUGUGGCUAUCAAGAUGGGUGCCACUAAAAAGGACUUUGACAACUGUGUGGCCAUCCACCCUACUUCUGCUGAGGAGUUGGUGACCUUGCGUUAG